AUGUCUGUCAUGGAGAGGCCCAGGAACAGCAUGGACGACCAGUCGACUUCAGACAGGUUGAGGUCCCGUCUGUCGGGCGCCGCCGGCAGCAUGGUUUCCGUCGCCACCGGAAACCAGCAGGUCUUGAGGAGGAGGCGGUCGAGCAUCACCAACGACUCGGAGCUGUCCGUCAACACCAACGCCGCCUCGGCUGGCGGCUCUGAGAUUGGCUCGCCGCCCCGCGUGAACAGGCCUCCCUUCGCUCCCAGGAGGCCAAAGGUUACCUUCCCGACCUCGCUUUCGUCAUCGGCACUUCAGACGCUCUCGCGGCAGAGCCCUGAGCCGACCCAGAACAGCCAGCAGCAGCAGCACCAACACAACCAACACCAGAACCAGGAGCAGAAGAAGCCGGCCCGCAUCUCUCUGAAGCCUGCAUUGAAGCCCUCUUCCUCCCACCCAGCGGGGCAGCACGCUCACCAGCACAGGCCGCCCAUCCCGCCACCUCCCUCUUCCGAGGCGCCCAGCGCCCUGGGGGUCCUGUCCUUCCGGCCAGCUCAAAAGAUGGAGCGGCCGCAGCUGCCGUCUCCUCCCCAGAGCGCCGGCCGGCUUGGCUACUCCAUGCCGGGUGGCUGGGAUGAGCUGGACGAAUCCAACUCGCGGGAGGAGCACAACGAGAUGAUCAGGAGGCGACCAGCUGCCCACCACCACUCGCUGCCGUCCUCGCCGCGACACAGCCCGCGUGAGAUCGAGUACAUCCCCGACUCACGCCGUCAGUCCGAGUCUGACUUUAGCGACACCGACCUCUCCGAGACUACCGAGGCUACCACCACCACCAUGUCUGAUACAACUGUCAGCUACACCCAGCCAUCGAGGAAGCCCAAGGUGCUCCUGCCCAACAACGGCAACUACGCCCUCAGCCGCAGCAACAGCAACAGGGACAACGACAGGAGGGCGCUCGCACCCCAGCCUCCGCCACCACCCGCCCGCCGCUACAACAACAAUGGCGGCGGGCGUCCGGAGUCGCCUCCCAACCCCCGCGCGCUGGAGCGCAUCAUUGCCAGCAAGGGGGCUCCCCCUCCGCCCCCGCGCCCGGCCCCAUCGACACGCUCCGAGGCCGGCCGCCGCACUCUCCACAUCGAGGUCAUCGCCCCGCCGGCACCCAAGGAGACCGAGGAGCAGGUCAGGCGGCGCGAGGAGGAGAUCCGCCGUCGCGAACGCAUCGAGGCCAAUCUUCUCGACAAGAUUGCCGACCUGGAACUCCAGCUGCAGCAGGAGGCCGAGUCCAAGAUGGCUCUCAUCCGCGCCCGCAGCCCGUCGCCCGCCAAGUCGACGACGCGCGAGGUUGAGGUUGCCGCCGCCGCCGCCGCCGCCGUCGCCACGGCCGAGGCCCUGGCAUCCAAGGAGCAGCUGAGCGGCGCGCUCGAGCGUCUCUCGGUCAUGCAGUCCCAGCGCGAGGCCGAGGCCCAGCAGAACAAGGAGCAGCUCAGCGGCGCGCUCGAGCGCCUGUCGGUCAUGCAGGCCCAGCGUGAGGCCGAGGCCCAGGAAAACCAGGAGCGGCUCAACGGCGCGCUCGAGCGCUUGUCUGUCAUGCAGGCGCAGCGCGAGGCCGAGGCUCGCGAGAAUCAGGAGCGGCUCAACGGCGCGCUCGAGCGCCUCUCGGUCAUGCAGGCCGAGCGCGAGAGGCGGGAGAACCACGUGCAGUCCCUGGCUCUGGCGCGCGACCAGGAGCGCAGCCGGAGCGAGGAGCUUGCCCGCCGCACCGAGGAGAUGCAGUACCAGAUCGAGCGGCAGACCAAGGACCUGGCCGGGGUCAGGGAGACGCUGCUGGAGCAGAGCAAGCUGCUCGAGGACCGCUGCGCCCUCCUCACCCAGGCCCAGCUGGAGCGCGACCAGGCCCGCGACUCCAGGAUCGAGGCCGAGGCCCGUAUCAACAUCCUGGAGCAGGAGGUCUCCGAUGUCCGCGCGGCCAAGUCACAGUCCGAGAUUGUCACCAUCGAGCGCCUGGCCGCCAGCGAGCUGGUGCGCGAGGUGCUCGAGAUCAAGGUCAACGGUUUCGAGGCCGAGGUCAAGAACAAGGUCAUGGCCAUCGAGGACCUGACCAAGGAGCGCGACGAGCUCAACGUGGAGCUGACCAAGUCCAAGGCCGAGGUUGUCGUGCUCACCGAGGAGAAGAUGGCGCUGCAGGUGGCCAAGGCCGACGCGGAGAAGAGGAUCGCUGAGCUGGAGGAUGACGGCUCCAGGAUGAGGGUCACCAUCGCCACGCUCGAGGGCGAGAAGGCCGUCUUGGAGACAAAGGUCGCCAACGUGGAGGAGGAGAUCAAGAACAAGCAGGCCAGGGUCGACGACUUGGAGAAGGCCACUGCCGAGAAGGACACCCAGAUCACGACGCUGACGACCGAAAAGAACGGUCUCUCCACCGAAGUGGUCAUCCUCGCGGCCGCCAAGGAGGAGAAGGAAAAGGAGCUCGUCGCCACCAAGGAGCAGAAUGAGAAGGAGCUCGCGGCCGCCAAGGAGCAGGGCGAGAUGGUGGUCACGGCGCUCACCAACAAGAUCACCACCAUCGAGAUGGAGAAGGACAAGCAGCUGGCCGAUGCCAAGGAGAUGACGGAGAAGGAGGUGGCGGCCGCCAAGGAGGCCAACGCAAGGUCGCUGGCGGAGCUGCAGGACAAGAUCAACGCGGCCGAGGCCGAGGCCGCCAAGAUCCAGGCCGAGCUCAAGGACCUCCAGGACAGCACCCCCGAGGACUACACGGCCGCCGUCGUCAGGUUCGGCCAGGAGAAGGACGAGCUCGCCGAUCAGGUCGCCGCGCUCAAGGCCGAGGUGGAGAGCAAGGCGGUCGAGGCCGACGUGAGGGUCGCGGCCCUCGCGGCCGAGAAGGCGGGCCUCGAGGCGCAAAAGGCGGCGCUCGAGGCCGAGACGCGCCGCAUCCCCGAGCUGCGCGACGAGGCGGCCGCCCAGUCGGCCGCCCUGGCCUCCCGCAUCGCCCUGGCCCAGCAGCAGACGGCCGAGGCCCAGGCCCAGCAGCAGACGGCCAUGGCCGAGGUGCAGCGCAUGACGGCCCACGUCGCGGCCCUCAAGACCAAGAUCGCCGAGGCGUCCAAGUCACGCAAGGAGGCCAAGAAGAAGGCCAAGGAGGGCUUCUUCUUUGUCCGGCCGUCUCAGGACCGUGGCAGGAUGCAGGUCAUGAAGAAGAACGAGCUCAAAGAAGCCGCCCGCAGUUCUCGCAGCUCCUCCCGCAACGGCGCAGAGAGCCAGGCGUGAACCAUGUUUCGAUUUCCCUUUGUCACACAUUCUCACUCGUUACCCCAUUUCAUUUGUCAAGCUUUGCAUAUCUCAUUCUCUUCUUCCCCUUUGUCCCCCUUAUCCAACCAUAAUAGAAGGCUGGCUCUUUUUUUCCUGCAUACAAAACUUCUUAAAACCUAACCCCCCAUAUUGUCUGUAUCAUUUUAUGUUUGAUUGUUUUUUUUGGCUUAUUAUUUUGUUUUGCCUCUUUUUGUCUAGAAGAACCAGAGCCUUGCGGCCACGCUGGCAUAUGAUAUCACGAGGCGGCGGUUGAAGACCGACAAAAUGGCAUGUACGUGGAGUUUGUGUAAAAAGAUUGAAAGGGAACCAACGACUUGAUGUAGGACGAUAAUGACAGCGAGGUGUAAUUUGGCACUUUAAUUCCAUGUUUUUGCAUUUGAA